AUGGGCUUCCCCUUCGGCCGCCCGGAUGUUCCGGGAGUGGGAGGUGGAGGCGGAGGGAGAGACGCUCUCAGACCACCGUUACAUAACGUGGUCCCUCUGCCUCUCCACCCUCAGCAGGUGCUGGCCCGCCGCCAAGGGGAGGGGAACUUUUCUCUCCCCAAAAGAUGGGCCCUCAAUCGGCUGGACGCGGACAAGUUCCAGGCGGCCGCCCUCGUGGCCACCAGGCUAGAUAGGGGGUCCGGUGCUUGGGACCCUAGCCCCCAGGAGGGGGCUAGGGAGUUGGUGUGCAUCGUGGCGUCGGUUUGCGACGCCGUGAUGCCCCGGUAUCAUCCCCGCCGGCACCGAGCCGCUUGCUGGUGGACGGAGGCCAUCGCUGAUCUUCACGAGGCCUCCGUCCGAGCCAGACGGGCAUACACCCGGGCCUGGCGAGACAGCGGGGAUGCCGCGAGGGAGAAAGAGGGCUACUUUCAGGCGAGGGGAGCCCUCAAGGUCACCAUAGACGAGGCGAAGAAGAGAGCCUGGGAGCAACUUGUGAGCUCCCUGGACGAGGAUCCGUGGGGGCAAGAGCGGACAGUGGGUAAAAUCCGUCUGUGGGCGCUCCCGGCUAUGGAAUCCUUAGAACCCCAGGUCUUUCUCGAGGGGCUUCUCGAGACCCUCUUCCCGAGGAUGGAGGGGGGGCCAAAUCCCCGUCCCCGAGUUAUGGGACGGGGAUUGGAACGAGGACCUGUAGGUGACUCCAGAGGGGCUCGCAAGAGCCAGGAGAAAGCUCGGGAGUGGGGAACGGCCAAGUUGGUCCUCCUCCCGAAGGAGGGAAAAACACCGGGUACUCCGUACAGGCCGAUAUGCCUGCUGGACGAGGCGGGCAAGAUACUAAAGCGCAUUGCCGACCGCCUCGUCCAGUAUCUGUCCCUGAAGGAGUCGAACUUCCACGGCGACCAAUACGGAUUCAGGCCCGGACAGUCCACGCUAGGCGCUAUCUAG